AUUUGAAGGAGUACAUAUUAUUUGAAAGAGUACAUUUUUCUUUUAUUGUCGAUCAUCCCAAUUGAAACGAUUUGAUAGCAAUUAUUGCAUGUAAAUAUUUCGAAUUAAACGUGUGUGCGUAUGGCAUCAUUUAUAAUUGCCGCCACAAAAUGCGCGGGAAACUGUAAGUGUAAUAGAAUUGAGAAUGGGUUUAUGAUGACAGAGAUUGAGAUUCGGUUAAAUAACAAUAUUUAACUGUUUUAUGUAUUCUUAUUUUUAUAUAUUUGGUAAUUAAUUGUAAUUAUGGAUUCUGAAUUUCUUGAUCCUGUUGAAGAAUUUGAUUUGGCACAUGAAGAUGAAUACGAACUUUUAAGAGAAAUAGAAGAACUUGAAAGGAAAAAAGAGGAGAUAUCACAAAGAACAGGAAAUUUAUCUCAGGUACCUAAGGAGAAAGAUGAAUCCAAUAUCGUAACACCUAAUAUAUAUAAAGAACUAAAUACUCCUACACAUGAUGUCCAUAAAGAAUUAAAUACGCCAAGAAAUAACAUACAUAAUGAUCUCUGUACUCCUGGUACUAGCAAAGGAUUUGACCGUUUCACUAAUAUUGAAUCAAAUGGCACAAAUAAACGGAAUUAUGAUGACUUAUUUGGGGACAUUUCUGAUAUAAUAGAUCUGAACGAUUAUGUUGAUAUCAAUGGACCUAGAGAAAAGAAACCACGAUGGGAUCAGCCUAAAGAUAUAAUAGAAGCAGUACUAAAUGCCAGAGAAAAAUUCCUUGAGCAUGGUACAGGAAUAACUAUUAAAAGAAAACAUUUUGAAGAGAAAAAGGACACAAUAUCUUUAAGAGUUCCACGUUGGAACUUCGUAGCUCUAACUAGACCACAUGAUGCACAACGUAUAUAUAUCAGGGUAAAGAAUGAUACAGAACCUAUUGUAAAGAAAAGUGGACAUACAUUUUCCAAUCUAUUAUCUAUACCUUAUAGUCAAUUAAAGGCUGAAGCUGAAGAAAUUAUGGUACAGAAUGCGAAACGAGUUAGUUGCAACAGUACGAGUAUUUCCACCACAAAUGAUAUGCAGGACAAUGAGUUGUGGGUCGAUAAGUACAGACCAAAAUCUUAUAAAGAAUUGCUUUCAGACGAAAGCGUGAAUAGACAAUUAUUGCACUGGAUAAAACUUUGGGAUAAAGUGGUAUUUAAUCGAAAUUAUGUUGCAUAUAAAAGGAAAAAUCAACAUUCAAUGUUUAGAAACAAGAAAUUCACCAAUGAAAACAAUUUUGAAGAAGUAGACAGCAAAGGAUUUCCAAUUCAAAGAACAGUUUUGUUAACUGGACCACCCGGAUUAGGAAAAACCACAUUAGCUCAUUUAGCAGCUAAACAUGCUGGCUACAAUGUGGUAGAAAUUAAUGCUAGCGAUGAAAGAAGUCCUGAUGCUUUUAGACAAGUCCUCCUUUCAUCAACGCAAAUGAAAGCUGUAAUGGGAAGAGAGCCACGACCAAAUUGUUUAGUUCUAGAUGAAAUUGAUGGGGCACCAGCAGCCUCAAUCGAGCUCUUGCUAAAAUUUGUGCAAGGUAAAUUAGUUCAGAAAGGUAGAAAGGACAAAGAGAAAGGUGAUAAGCCUUCAACUGCUUGUCACCGGCCCGUAAUAUGCAUUUGUAACGAUCUAUAUACUCCUUCAUUAAGACCCCUUAGAGCAGCUGCGCUUAUUAUACCAGUACCGGAAGUCAGUCCUGCAAGGCUAGCUGAUCGAUUGAUGGAAGUAUCGCGAAAAGAAGAACUAGAAGUCAAUUCGGAUGCACUUUUAAAAUUAGCAGAAAUAUCUGGUUGCGAUGUCAGAUCAUGUUUGGGAGCACUGCAGUACAUGGGCGGUGCUAAGUUGGGAGAUAACUUGUCAUUUGCAUUGAAAGACACCAGGAAAGGAUUAUUCGAUUCGUGGAAGCAAAUACUAGCAAUACCUGUGAACAGGCUUGGAAUAUUGUCUAUUCCAGAGAGAGUUCGUCUUGUAUUGAAAACUGUACAAUAUGGGGAGACGGAAAAAUUAGCACAGGGCGUAUUUCACAACUAUCCAGAAAUCUGUUGUGACAAGUUGAACUAUGUAGCCCUGUGCUUACAGUGGUUUCAGUUCUUUGAUGAGAUAAUAUCUCUAGUUGCAAACGCACAAGUCUGGUCUGUUAUGCCAUAUACAAAUUACGCGUUCAUCAUGUGGCAUUUAUAUUUUGCCAAAUCCAGAAGCGUUAAAUUAUCUUAUCCUUCUGUACAAUACGAAAUGCGUCAAAAGGAAACGAAAAGUUUAGGAAUUCUAACAGCAGUUUACAGAAGUAGCGGACGUGAUAUCGUAACAUUGGCAGUCGAUAUAGCUCCCUUUCUACCGGAUCUACUAUGUCCACGAUUGCGAACAGUUUCUGGACAUUUGCAUUCAGCCAAAGAACGAGAAGAUAUUGCUCGUUUGGUAAAUGUUCUGCUCGAAUUUGGUUUAACAUUCACACAAGAAAAAACGCUUGAAGGGACCUAUGAUUAUACACUAGAUCCAAAUAUAUUUGAAGUUGGUAUUUUCUCCGAGUGUAAAUAUCGUCGAACUCUUGCAUAUGCGGUGAAACAAAUAAUUGUUCAAGAGCUGGAAGCUGAACGCGUUCGCCGCGCGUCAAAUGCAUUGCACAAAACAAAUAUUCCAACAAAGGCAACAGAAUCAGAAACAAAUACAAAGAAACAAAACAAAAUUCCAGAGGCAUCUACUUUUGAAGAAAAAUUGAAAAAAAUUAGAACAGAAAUGAAAGAAACUGUACACAAAGAUUUCUUUGGUAGAAUCAUUACAGUGAAACAAGAUAAGCAAAAAGAAUCAGACAAAGAAUCAAAUAAUUCACGCAAUUUUUUGAAGAAACAUGGCAUUUGGUAUAAAUAUAAAGAAGGUUUUAGCAAUGCUGUACGUCGCAAAAUAAAAAUGAUAAGUCUUCUUUAAACUGUAACAUGUUAUAUUUUCAUAAAACAUUAGCAAUAAACUCAUUUAUUUUAUUAGAAAAAAA